GACUGGCCUGACCCGUGGGCGUUGAAUCACCUCGCGAUCUUUCCGCUGAUCGAUGUCGAUGAUUGAAUGCCGCCGGCCACCGGGAUCGCGCCUGUUUGUGUGGUUGUUUUGCCCGUUCGUAUGUGCGUACGGUUGCUGCGCACGGUUGCUGCGCGCGUAGAAGUGGAUGGUAUGUGCUCAAAGUAAAUUUUGCUGCUGACCCAAUUCAUGUGGAUACGUUGCCACUGAAGUCAAGAGCAAAAUUGCGCGGCCAGAUUGGCUGACUUAAGGUCACGUCCCUUGUUUCCCCAUGUCAUGACGUGUAACCGGUUGGAUAAUGCGGGGACCGCGUUGGCAUUCAUUUCGCCCUGUGUGUUAUUGGUGGGUAGCACUGUUACUCCAUGUGGAUUACGUGAACAGAAUUGCCGAAGCAGUUCAUGGAUGUAGCGUGUUCUUCCUUCCAGAUUUCAAGUGGAAGAAAGCUAUCUGUGAUUCCGAAUCAGCUCGCCUGAGACAUAUUCCAAUGGACCUGCCCGCAAAUUUGGUAGAACUCCAUGUCAAGCACCAACACAUCCCCUUUUUGACAGAUCAAGGACUGGCUCUUUUACACCAUUUGGAAAUCUUGCAAAUCGAGUCUUGCGAGGUGUCUCGGAUUACUCCGGAUGCAUUCCGCUCCCUAUCCAAGUUGAAAAACCUGAGUUUACGUAACAAUUCCCUACAUUUAGGAUAUGACAGUUUUCCAAAAGAGUUACUUCAGAGUCUGCCUAAUCUGAGGUUACUCAAUUUGGCCCACAAUCCAAUCGAAUUGGUGCCGGAUUCUUUUUUCAGCAUUACCUCAGGGAGUAUUUUGCACAGCUUGUGGCUUGGUCCUACUAAAGGAUCUGCGCUAUACAUUGAAUCGAAUGCAUUUAGUGGACUACCACACUUACACCUUUUAGAUCUGAGCUUCAGCCGCUUGUCCUCAUUGCCACAAGUGACCGAAAGGGCUUUGAGUGAAAUGGAUGAGCUAACGGAACUUUACCUCGGGGGUAAUCCUUGGCAUUGCGACUGUAAGCUUAGAUGGAUUCAUGUAUGGUUUUCGCGGCACUCUAGACCCACGUUCCGAUUCACGCAAAAGUACACAAAUCAACUGGGUGUGCAAAUGGUUGUACAACCCACUUGUUUAACGCCCAGCAACCUGAAUAAUCGACCAAUAUUCAGCGAGAAAUUGACGUCCAUGGAAUUCCGCUGUGUGCCAAAGAUGCUAACAGAAAACCAAAAUUUGUCAAUUCCCGUUGGGGGCGCUGUGCUGCUGACUUGUGAAUUCUAUGCAGACCCUGUCACACCAGUUACUUGGUACAAGGACGGACAUGUAGUUUUCAAUUCUUCCCGGUAUCAAAUCAAGCAACACAUGACAAGUGAAACACACGUUACCUCGCUCCAAACCACCAUUAGUGGAUCAAACGACGGUGGUGUUUGGACCUGCGUGUUGGAUGAUGAUGUCACUUUGGUCAGCGCCACAUUUAAUGUGAUCGUUACACCUGGUACUAGUGGUAUCCUCAGUGCCAUGAACGUCAGUCAACAACAUUGGAUUUACGCCGGCAUUGGGGUUAGCUUGCUUUUUGUACUGCUUACGAUUAUCGGUAUCGGGAUUUUUUACUGUUGUGAUCCACGCUUUCAUUCUGAUCAAGCGUCACAAAGUCUAGUGGGAAAAAGACGAGCGAGCAGACUGAAGCAAUGCUGCAGUCGUGCUAAGUUGUCUGACGUUUCAUCAGGCAAGAAUCAAAAUAAUUCUGGUGCAGAUAAGAAGGACAAUAAAUCCAAUGGUGACGCAGGCCGUUCACGUUCCAAUUCAAGUAGUCCCCACAGCUGUCUCCUGAAACCUACUCGGAUCCCACUAGUAAACGCUGAGACUUCAGUAACCAACUCAGAUUUUUCUGUGCGUGAUGUUGUUCAACCUGUGGGACAAGCAGCUGCUGAGCAGAUGUCGGUUAACACAAAUCGUUUAUUGGUUUCUUGUGAUGGAACGGAGCCGGGAAUAAUGCUUGCGACACGAAUACCGGAAGUAAGUGCUUUUGAAUCACCCUCAUCUGUCUACGGUAUUCCAAAUAUAAUGGAUUAUCAGGUUUCUCCCACAAUUACUUCCAACCCCAACGAAACUGGCCUCCCGCCGAUUAACUAUAUUGCUCAUUCCACAUUUUCAGGACAGUUGCUAAAGCCAUCGAUUCCAUCUUCUCAGAUAUAUGCACGUGUUGCCCCCUUGACCAGCUUUCACGACACCGCCCAUUUUCAACAGCUCAGUUCCAUUCAACGUACAGCGUUUACCUCACCAUGCCCUGUACACGGCGCUGUAAACAUCGAUCGUCUCAAGCUUUCCUCAAGCGUUACUGACGAAGCACAUUUUAUUAACCAAUCGGAUCAGAAGUCAUUUGUAAUUGUCGCCACAACAAAUGGUUCUGAACCGUCCGAAUACCAGAGUAAAACAAUGCAUUCACUUGUACGCAAUCAACAGCCCACCAGAAAGAAUGAAUUAACGGAAAACACAUUCAGUAAUAUUAUGGAAUGCACUGGUCCGCUUUCUAUUACUACGUCCCAAGAGGAUGAAACCGCCCUUAAAUUAGGUUAUACGAAGAGAGUCAUUGCGACUGGUUUUCAAAAAUUGGCUGGCAAAAGCAACCCCGUUUCUUCGUCGUCAUCCAUCGCGCUCCAGCAAAAGAGGUACGCAGAGUCGCAUGGGGAAUCGACAACCAGCGAAUCACCGAAUUCCAUUUCCAAUACUAACCAACGCUCAGGGAAAUAUGCCUUCUACGGUCCUGCGUAUGCUGUAAAGCUGGCGGCACCACAAUAUCUAUCACGACACACCGCACCAUGUGCUAAUCUGAUAACAGGUGCGGGAACUGUGACAUUUUCUGAUGGCACCAAGCCCCUACUGAAACGCACCAAUGAGAGCUUGAGUAGCAGUUGUAGUGAUGAGACAUAUGAUUGCUCGCAUGUAUCUAAUUCAUCUAAUUCCAGUUCCCCUAAUCAGCUCUUACCCCGCUCUCCUCCGUUUGAAACAUGUGGCCGAUUUGCGUCCAGCCCGAGCCAUAGUUUGCGUCUAGAGAGACGGGAACCCCUGUGUGCUCUGCAUUUUCCUUCGUGGCGCGGAUACACCAGUCAAGUCAUUUCUCCUUCCGUCAAUGCCCCACGAUAUGUUUUCUAUCCUGGAGCAGCAACGUUACCCUCGAAGCUGCGUACAUCGAAACAGCGGCAUUCCCUUCCAUUCUUAGGAACUCCAUACCGAAACUCUUGUAAGUCACUAAAUAUUUCUCGUUCACAAAUACCUGUUCGUCCCGGUAGCAAACAUAAACUAGACACAGACAGCGGGACAGACUAUAAUGACUGAGACGAGUAUGAUGCAGUGAUAAUGUAUUAUUGUUGGAACACUUAUACACAAACUAGGUUAAUACCAUUGUAUUAUUUUGAUACGACAAUCUAAAUGAAGUGUUGUUUUUGUG